AAGAGGCCAGUGUGUGAAUUUGUUGGCGGUGUGCUUUCCCCGUGUUAUUUAUCUGUUUGCGUCCAGAUGCGUCUUUAAUGACGGACGACAAGCGCACACCCGUGAAUUUAUCACUUCAGUCAACGGGACGGUGAAAUCGCAAGAGUACAAAUGCGUGUAGUCAGCGAGCACAUUUGGACGUGAGUGGGAGAAGCGAGAGGACGAGCUCCUGGGUUCCUCACUUCUACCCACAAGAUAGACAGCGGUGGAAGGAGGAAACACCGCACUGUCACACGAGCCGGGACGAUGGAGUGAAUGAACCGUUUGCUGGAAACAGCACUUUUAACAACCCAGGCUCCUUUGUUAAAAAAACAGAAAAACAACAACAAAAAAAUCCACCAUGGAAUACGCAAACAUAUAUCUUUACAGCUUUACAGUAACCGUGGAAAUCUUCAACUGAGUAGACCAGCACCACAAGAUUUCGAAGGGAAACCUUUUUCUUCUUUUGGAUGGACCUUAAAAUCUUGAACAUAUCAUUAAUAUUUGAAGGCAUGAUCUGAGCUGAGGGAGUUUUCCCUCACUAGCUGUAAUGGAAAUAUGAAAUAUGCGAGUUUGAAACGGACCUGACGCCAACCAAACUUUUACCGCAUUCGACAUGGCAAAUCGUGCAUGUUUGGUUCGGGACGCGCGCACGUUGAUUUGGCCUUUCGCUUGUGUGUUUGUGUGUUUCGGCUAUUUUUCUCUCGCCGCUUCCAAUCACGGCCGUCGGUUGAUUUGUUGGCAAGCGAUAUUAAACUGUCAGUCGGAGCCUGAGUGUCAUUACGCGUAUGAUCAGUAUUUGCACGCCUGUGACACCAUCCUGACCGGCCAGAGGAGAAAAUGUCCCAGUCACUGCAUCUCGUCGCUGGUUCAGUUAAACCUGACCAAAAACGGCCCGGCGCUGGAGGACUGCAACUGCGCCUCGGACCCCCGCUGCCGUGAGACCAAGCGAGCCAUCGAGCCGUGCCUGCCCAAAACCAGCAGCAUGGGCUGCACCGAAGCACGGCGGCAGUGCGAGAGAGACGGCCAGUGCCGAAGCGCGAUGGGCGAUUAUUUAAUUCACUGCGGGAAACUCUUCAGCGGCUCCAGCUGCUCGAACUCUUGCCGCAAUGUCAUCGCGUACAUGCGAAAACUACCCAAAGCGCAACUCUUGGAUUCUUGCGUCUGUGACGGAUCCGAGCGGACUAUCUGUGAAUUUAUCAAAACUAGUAUGAAAACCCUUUGCUUUGACUCCCCUCCCGUGGACGAAGAAGGCUCCAGUGGUUUGGACGACGAUGAACAGGAUGAUGAGUAUUAUCCAUUGGAGUCUGAGGCCAAGAGGAACACAGGUUCUGCUUUUGUGGCAUGUUCCGUUUUGACUGUGGUGGCAUCCAUUUUGGUUCUUGUGCCGCUUCAUUGAUCACUUUGGUGGCAAGAUAUUCAUCUGCUCCAACAGCUGUUCGGGAAUAGUGCAUUUUGUCUUUUUUGUCUCCAAAGAGUAGACUACACAAGUUAAAGGAAAGCUCCAGGUUCAGUGCAGCACUUGUGUUGUAAUAUUGAUUGCCACAACAAUAAGUUUGAUUUGCCCCUCGCUUAUCAGAAGCAAAGCAAAAAUCGCGCAGUAAUAAUGGAAGUGAAUGGGGCCAAUUAACGAACACACACCGUUUUAAAAGUAUAGCCACAAGACGUAAACAUGAUUUGUUGGUGUUAACAUGAUUUUAGUGUGAUAAAAUUGCUUACUAACUUUAUCUGUGUUAAGUUAUAUCCAAUAGUACAACUUUGUUGCUGUGACAACAUAACGCUGGUAAUCUGGUAAACACCGUAACGCCGGUAAAUCCUCCUUUUUUUUCUUACACUAACAUCAUGUUAACUUGUUUAAUGUUUACAUCUUGUGGCAAUACUUAUGAAACGGUGUGUAUUUUAAAGUAAAUGAACUGGCCCCAUUCACUUCUACUCUUAGUGCAAUUAAACGAGGGACGAGUCGAUUAUUUUUGUGGGGAUCAACAUUAUACCACAAAUGCUGUCAAUUGAGCUGAACUUGUGUACAAUCUGGAACAUUUCUUAAAAGUUUUGAGAUGUAGUUCAUGCCCAGAAAUGGUCUCGUAAAUGUGCUGUGAUUCACUAUGCAAAUGUACCGCUGCAACUCAUUUGGCCCAGGUGAACUGUGCCUCAUCUAAUGGAAGUUUCCAUUAUCAAGCAUUCAAUUCUUAUUCUGAAGUCAUUUAAGAGCAGAGUACUGCAAGUCAGUCAACUGCCUUAAACACAUUUGUCUAUAUCAAAUAUGUUUUGACUCUGUCAAACUUAUUUCCUUAAAGGAUAUGAAAAUGUUUAUAUUGUUACAUAGACAUUUUAAUAAUUAAAUAUUUUGAUUACAAAGCUGUGCACUGCCAAUGUAAAACUAGAUUUUUUAAAUAUGUAAAGUAUUUUUUAUAAAGUUGCAAAUGAUCUUGCAUAUAACUUCUGUAUAAAGUGCUUUGAAUGCUGGAGUGAAUGAGUAGAUAUUAGAUAAUAGCCUAUGCGAGUAUUCUGUAGAUUUGAUACACCUUAUGAAAAUACCAGAGAUUCAUCAGAGAAAACUUUAUUUUUAUCAAAAAUAACCUUCAAAACAAAGGGCAAUUAUUCCAGCUUUAAAGGGAAGUUCAAUGUUUGUUUUAAUUAUUUUUCCUUUUAAGAUAUUGUACAGUGUACAGAUUUCAGAGAAUCUUUUAAAUGUUAUCAAAGACAAACUAUAUACUGUGUAGAAAUGUCUAAAUUCACUGUAUGACUGCCUUAGUGAUUUUCUUUUUAAGGCAUAAAAAACUAAAGUGCAAAAAUUCAAA